AUGUCAUCUCUCCAAUCUCGAGGAGUUAGAAAUUUCCCAAACGCCCAGUUCCUCCACAAGCACAAGCUACGGUUCGAGUUCGCCCAAUCUCAUAAAGGCGAGAAGUACCCCUCAACUAAGCAUCUUCGUGCCGAGCUUCUUCAACUCUUCAAGGUUCAGGGACACCACCCAGCAGAGGGGCCAAUGUUCUCAUUCCCCCAUUCCCCCGCCUACGCUCCCUGCACAACCCCGUUAGAGCACCUCAUCAAGAUCAUGGUCGAUAACUUGAAGCUCGAAACCCACCACCGCAGGCAGUACAUUCUCCUACGGACACUGACACCAACCGACUUCCUCGUCGCUGUGGGAGCUGUCGCGGAAGACGAGGCGGGGAAUGUGAUUAUGCUGCAGCUGCAUAACCAGGAGAUUGAAGUCUUCGCUCGGGGGGGAUUAUCUAAAGGGACGGUGCUGGUUGUGAUUGAACCGUAUCUACAUAUUCCUGGGGUCAGCCCUUGUGCGAUCCGCGUGGAUCAUCCUUCUGACCUGCGCAUUCUGUCUGAUUGGGACAUUAUGGUGCCUGUGCAUUGGCGCCGACAGUUGGUUGGGUCCGAGUUGAGUGCUAUGCAGUGGAAGGCGAAAGGAAUUGAUGCAUUCAAUGCCGGGGAAUAUCGUCGUGCAAUCGAUUGCUCUAUCCUCCUCACUCAUACCGGACGAGGCUCUGACCAUCUCAAGCUCAACCGCGCUCUGACCUUCCUCCGAUCACAUUGGUUUGACGCCGCCCUUCGCGAUCUAGAACCACUCCCCCAGUCCUCGGAGAAAGCCCUCAUCCGCAGAGCCCAAGCGUUGAAGAAUUAG